CUCCUUGGAGUAAUAUUGUUCUGUGGCUCCGGAGUUCCGGAAUUUCGACUCUUCUUGUUUUAUUUUAUUGAUUGGGUGAUGACGUUUUUCUUUCAAGAUUAAAAAUUGAGUGAAUUUAAAAUAAACGCCAAUCUAUUUGACUAUCCUACGGGAUUCUUUAACUUUAUAACUGACAAAGUAUGCGUCAGGCUAGUGGAAAGCAAAACAUGAACAGAGGACACGGUGGAAAGUUCGGCGGCGGUGGUGGAGGCCGAGGCGGCAGCGCAGGCCGCGGCGUUGGAAACACUGGCGGGCCGCUUUUAACGGCGCAUUUAAGAAACCUGGAUAUGGAGCUCCAGUUGCUCAAACGCAAAAGGCAGAUAUUUGAGCAGGAACAGAACAUGCUCGAUAGAUUCUCUAAUAACACCACUAGUUUUAAUUCCAACUACAAUGAUCAAUACUCCAAUAAUAAUUACUCUCUUAACAGUAACAGGAGGCAGUAUGAUAACAAGCAACCCUUUAACACAUAUAAUCAACAGGGUCCCAGCAAACCAUAUCCUAGUUCUGCUGAUUAUUCUAAUGCGUAUGAGCCUGGGCCUGGCCCUUCCAACAGCAGGUCACUGGGCAUCAAGCGUCAACCAGUAUGGGAAAAUCAAAUUCCCUCCCCUCCGAAACGUUUCAAUGCGCCUCAGAGGGUUAACCCCUGGCAGAAUCAAGACACAAGGCAGGAUUACAGGGCUGUAAACCAAAAUCCCCCUCAACCCAAAAAUUUCCCGUCCCAAGUCAGGACUUUCGUGAACCCAAACCCAGGCAUUGGUCAGCGAAUCAAAAAUAAAUACAACCCUCCAGUUGAGCGUAAAAAUUUUAAGCCUUCCAAAGUGACAAAACCCAACCAUAAGCCUCCUGUUCCUGGGCCUGCCUCCGUACUUAGUUGGCCUGAAACGUCUGUUGUACGUGUCACAAAGCCUGUCUCAAAACCAAACAUGUAUCGACCCUCGGAAGAAACUAAAAAGUUAAUAGAGGAAACUAAUAAGUUGAUUGCUCACACCAACAAGAUAGUUGGCAUACAAAAUCCUAAACCCAGGGGGCAAAACCUUCCACAGAUGAAGCAAAACCCUCAACCAAAAGUGCAAAACCCGCCGCAGCCAUCGCAAAACCCUUCACCCAAAGCAGUAAACGCUAAAAAAAAAUUGGAUCGUGAUAAUAUCCUUCGUCCUCACAGACAACCAUAUGGGCAAAUGAAAGGUCGCCUAGAGUUAGCCUUGGGCAUGAUCGUUAAAUCAGUUAAAGAACUAUGCCCCGACCCCACCACCCUAGAGUUUUUCAUGCUCCCCUUCAUACAGCGUGUCAUUAAAUACACCAUCCGCAUACGCAUAAAGAAUGUCAUGAUGAACGAACCAAUUGAAUCUGUCACUGAGAUUCUUGAUAAAUACCGCCAGAAAUAUCCAAAGGAGACUGACAUUGAGCUUAUGAAAAUAGCUCAGGACGCCGAUGAAUAUAACCGAAAAAAUCGGGGGUUCUUACAACUCAUUGAAACAGAUGACCCUGAAGAAUUUUUCAGGAAGAACUUAAGCAAAAUCCUGCACAACAAGCUUGAAGACAUGUUUGUAGAUCUUAAAACCAUGACUGUGAAUAAACAGUACGACAUUGAUGAGUGCGUCGAGAAAUUCGCGAUACAAUCUGAGGUUCUUAAAGAAGAUGGUGCAGGUGAAAGCCAUCUAAACGGAAAUGUGGAGAAAUCAACAGAAGGGAAUACAGAAACGGUGAAAGACACUACUGGAGAGGAAGAAACAGUUGGAAAGAAAGAUAAUACUGAACAGAAAGAAAAAGAUACAAAUGAAAAAAAAGAUAGUGAGGGAAAUAAUACAGAUGGAAAAAUAGAUACGAAUGGGGAAAAAGAUAAAGAAGUAGUUAAAGAAACAAGUAAGGAAAAGGAAACAACUAUUGUCAAAACAAAUAUAGAAGAAUUAUACAGCGUCGAUGUAAGGAACAUAGUAGAACAACUUGAAGUAAAAUCUGCGAGAACUAAGUACUAUGUAGAUUUUGUGGAAAAGCUUAUUGAACAAAGAUUACCGAUUAUUUUGCCACGUUUCAAAGAAGCAAUAAUGUCAAUUCUGUGUUCAAAUAAAGAAUUCCUUAGUACAAAAGCAUUAAUCGUUCUGGAGAUGAAAGAAAAAUUGCGUAAAGUUAUGGAAGAAGAGAACACGAUUAACCUUGACGAUGACGUUACCGAUGCGACAGCGAAGCCAGCAGAUUCCAAAAAACUUCCAACGGCCACAACUACUAGUACUUCUGGAGUGGCCACUGCCGCGAAACCUGCGACAACUGCUGCAAAACCUGCAACCACAGCUGCCGCUAAACCUGCAACGCCUGUAAAACCUACAGCAUCACCUGCUAAGAAACCUUCGACCCCAUCAACAGCUGCGGCAUCACCUGCAAAACCAAUGGCAACACCUGUUAAACCGGCAGCAACUGUAAAACCGGCAGCGACAUCUGCAACGCCGGCAACACCUGUCAAAGAAGCAGAUAAGAGUGUUCCUUCCACUCCUAGUACACCAGCUUCGAAAGAUAUCAACUAUGUUAAGCUGAUUGGCCGCCCCGCUCUACCAGCUAGAGCUGACAUCUAUGAGUUCUUGAAUGCUUUCAAGCCGGCAUCCAUCAAGAAACAUAAAAGUAUUAACAACCUGCUUGUCAUCGGAUUUACGGACAAGGAUAGCUAUGAAAAGAUAUUGGCUGCCAGCGAAUCUGUUGUUGGUGAUGCUACAAUGAUUAUAAAAGCAAGCGAACAAGUAACCAACACGCCAGCCACGCCAGUACAAAACAAAACAGGUCAACAAGGCAACGAGACGCCAGUUUCACACAAGGCAACUAAAGAAGUUACUAAAACUCCUCAAAGCAAGAACACUGAACCAGAAAAAGCUGAAGUUCCAAGUGAAGUAAAGAAUACAACGCCAGCACCAAAGGAUACUACUAAUGAUAAUGAACAAAACAACACAUCAACAGAGGACAUAUUAUCAGAAUUAGACACACAGAUAACUGAUUUACUCUCGUCGAUAAGAAAGGCCGACGAGGAGGAGAAAAGUGAUCCAAAUACACCAAAAAAAACAACUAAUGAUGAGAAUAUGUACACAGACACAGAGUUAGAUAACGAAAUAGCGGAACUUACAAAGGAGUCCGAUGAUCGAAAAGCUGAUCUACAAAAAAAGAAACAAGCAGCUGACGCGGUAAUAGCUGAAUCUAAUGAUGCAAAUGCAAAAAAAGAUUUAGACACGAUCAUGGAAGUUGACGAUGAAACAAAAAAAGUAACAGCGAUCGAGGAAGUAGCGAAGACCGUAAAGGAAUCUGGAAGGGCGACACCUACUAGGUCGUCAUCUCGUUUGGCCAAUGUGACUCCUAGUACAAUAAAAACUAGGCGGGCAAGCCGAUUGGCUAAUAACUAAUGGUACUUUGUCUAUUAGUACAUUUUUUUUACAGUAUAUUAGUAUAUUUUUCCCAUUGGUAUGAAUUUGGCUCUCGGAGACCAUUCGAACGGCUCCGUUGUGGUUUAGUACAAUAUUUAGUUAUUACUUUUUUAGUGAUAUGUUUAUUUUCAAAUUGUUAAGAAAAUAAUUGAGACACACCGACAUAAAGGAACACCGUCUUAAUAUUUUAGUUUUUUUUUAAAUUUCGCAUCGCACAUGUUUUUUUUUAUAUUUCGAACCAGACAUUACACUAAAAAGUAACGAAAGGUAUGGUCAGGUUAAGGUCAGGUUAAAAAAAAUUGAGUGUUCGUAUUUAUUUCAUAGGUAUAAAUAACGUUUUUGAGUGAGGUCACAGGUCAUUUAAUGGAGUAUGGAGUAAAAUAUACGCGAUCUCUCAAAUUCACUUAUUUUUAUGUAAUUUUAAACAAAAGUUAAAAAAAAAGAUUUGUUACAUUUAAUGUUCCUGCUCACAAUCUUUAUAUACUUAUAAUACAUUCUUAAUUCAAUGCACUCUUUUUUGUUUAAAUACACACCAUACGGAAUAAUAUAAAUAUUUGUAUGGGUCAUAGAGACUAUAAUUUUUGUUGUUUUAGACUUAAAUUUCAGAUUUGACAAUUAAUUUAAUGAGUUUAAUUUUUUAAAUAAAAAUUGCAUUUCUCUCGAUGUCGAACCGACAAUGAGCUAUUGACAUCAAGUUAAUCCAGCUAUUUUUUCGCUCGGUAUGUUGCGAUUUGUACUUUAAACUGCAGACUAAAAUUAAGUCAGCAGUUAAAAGUGCUAGGUAGUAAUGUGCCAGCUGUCUAAAUUUCACCAUUCGAUUUAGUAUAAGGCAUAUAAGUUAAGAUAUCACAUACAAUUUUGGCAUUAUGAAAAUGACAAUAUACAAAUACGAAAUAAAGUCUUGAUCAUAA